AUUACUUUAGAUUAAUUCUUACCUCCUUCGUUGGGGGCCAUUGUCAAACACCCACACCACCCUUCCUUACCGGUCAUUAUCUAAAGCUACAAAUUAAUUAUCGUAUAUCAUUUACAGAACCGCACAGGUGGCAAAUGCACGAUCUUUUUAAGGAGGAAUAAACGAUAAGACAGCCUUGAGAUGGAGACAGAGAAGCCAUUCCGGGUGAUCGUGGUGGGCUGCGGUCUGAUUGGCCUCACCGCAGCGCACAUCCUCUCAAAAACCGGUAUCGACUUUACAAUACUAGAGAAACAUGAGACCGUGUUGGCUUUGCAAGGGACUACGUUGGCGUUAUGGCCUCAGACACUGCGCAUAUUUGAUCAAUUGGGUCUCCUCAAGGCCCUAGAGCCGAGCCUGGAUUACAUUGAACAGGGGUUUACACUUUCAGCGAAAGAUGCCCGUAUCAGAAUGAAGGACGAGACGGUCCUAUUGAUAGAGAAGAAUCACGGCCACGGGAUCAAAAUCAUGCACCGCCCUGAUUUGGUUAGGCUUCUCUAUGAGAGCUUACCGGAGAGUGUAAAGUCUCUCAUAUUACUCAAGAAACAUGUCGUCAAUAUUUCACCCUCAGAAGAUGGCGUGAAGGUUGUCUGUGCCGACGGAAGCACACAUGAAGGCUCUAUCGUUAUAGGGGCCGACGGAGUACGUAGUAGUGUCCGGUUACUCAUGAGAGCCCUGAAGAGGGGCAAAAAACCGGAAGACCUCCCGCAGGCUCAGAAACAGCCCUACGUCGCAACGUACCGACUAUAUUUUGGGGAGAUCCCUAUCCUCCCCGGUCUAGCUACCAAUACCAGAUAUGACGGAUCCCAAGACGGGCUAUCAACUCAAAUUGUCAACGGUACUGAUAGGGGUUGGUAUGGGGUUUAUGAGAAGAUCGAUUCGCAUACUUCAAAAGCUACCAGGUAUACAGAGACCGAUAAAGUUGACAUCUUAAAUAGAUGCGGUAAUCUGUAUUUGGCACCGGGGUGGAAGCUUCAGGACGUAAACGCUCGUCGGCUUGGUGACACUGGGCUCAUCAACAUCGAAGAAGGGUUAAUAGAUGGAUGGUCUUUCGAGCGUAUCGUACUAGUUGGCGACGCUGUUCGAAAAUAUGAGCCUCACGCCGGUUUAGGUUACAAUAGUGGCGUGACAGACCUCGUCGUGUUGAUAAAUGAUCUACGACAGUUAUUGCGGGAUGACAAAUUCCCAGGCACGAGGACUCUGCAGGAUUUAUUCGAAAUUUACGAAAAGAAGCGUUUAAAGGACACAAGGAAGAUGGCUGAGUUCUCGAUGAAAACUGCUAGACUAAUCGCAUGGUCGUCUUGGAAAGAUAGGGUUAUGGCAAAAUACAUCCUGCCCAAUCUUCCGCUGAAUAAAGCGUUUUUCAACAAUACAUUCGGGCCGUUGAUUAGCGAAACUCCCGUGCUGGACUGGCUCGAAGAAAGUGUACUGCCAAAGUCGCACAUUGCCUGGAAGCAUCAUCCGGGAGUGCAAAAUGACGGUGUCAAAGGCGGAACGAAAUCUCAUAAUGUACUAUGAAUAUUUUGAAGCAGAGAAAAUACUGGCUUCAUAGUGACACACGAAGUUGAAUUUCAUGUAUAUGUGCUGGAAUAUUAGGUGGCUGGGAGUCUACGCCCUGUAUUCAAGGGCUAUAUAUGUACCUACAUAGAACUAGCAACUUAACCAACUAAUCAACCA